AAAAAUAAAAAACUUUUGACCCUUAACUUGUUCUAGAAGUCCAUAAAGCCUGUUGACCCAUGACCUCUUCCAAAUGUUCCUUCCUCCUAUCUUUCCUUUCCUUUCCUUUCCUUUCACUUUGCCUUGUCCGUGUGGUGCACUGAUUUUACAAAAUACCGAAUCCCAAACCAAACCAGAGAACUCCAGAUUCUCACGCCUAUUUCUUUCUUUCUUUCUUUCUUUCUUUCAAUUUCAACUUUUUUUUUUAAAUUUUAUUUUAAUCUAUAUUUUAAUCUAUAUAUUCACACCUACGUACCCCUAUUAUUUCCUACCCCUCUUUUGUACCUAUUUGUACAAAGACAACAGGCUAGUUUUAACUCCCAUCUUUCUUCGGUUGUGUCUUUACAGUUUCCUGUCAGGUCCUGCUACUAUGACGUCUGGAAUAUGUUCACAGGGUUUGGUCUUAGCUACAGCCAUGGUUGUUUCCAGCACUUUGAUUUUCCUUACUUUUUCCAGGCAAAAAGCUUUGCCUCCUCCUAAACAAACCCUUCGUUCUUGCUUGUCUUCAGAGGGAAAGAAAAGGGAUAAAAAGAAGAAGAAAGUGAAGUUUGCUGAGAAUGUGAAGGAAACAAGCGGCAAUGGAGAAGAGUAUAGAAAAGAGCAACAGAAGAAGUUAAUUGCGGCAACAGUAACAGCAGGAACAUCAACAAAAGUUGAUAGAUUUUGCAGAAAUGAAAUGCCGGCAAAUAGGGUUGCUUUGUACAAUGGAAUUCUCAGGGACCGUGUUCAUAGAACGGAGUGUUCAUAUUGAUUACUGCGCUGUCAAGUCCAAGCUUGAUUCCCUCUUAUCUUUGUUUUUUCACUCACUUUUCCUUUUACCUUUUGCAGACACUGAAAUUGUGGGCUUUUGUUUUUCUUUUACCCCUUUGUUUAAAUUGUAAAUAAUAAAAAUUUGUCCAAAUUAUGGGUCUUUAGUGAGAAUUUUAGGCAAAGGUUGUAAAUUUCAGCCUUCUGAUUUUAGCUUUUCUUCAUUAUUACAUUGCUAUGUUCUUGACAAGAAAAUUUGCGAUUGAAAUCAGAAAUUUCUGGGAAGGGGUCCAAUAACAUGGUCAUAUUCGCUUUUAAUUCAAUUUGGCUGAAAUGAAAAAAUCGUCAAACUUUAUGCUGCAGCUGGUUACGGUCAAAAAAUUUUGUGAUUUUAAUAUAUGG